AAUAAUAAAAAUCAAAUCAUUAGACCAGGAAACAAAAAAAAAUCAAAGAGCUUCCUUUUUAGCUCGUUUGCCCUUUCUCUGGUUCUGCUGUUUGGGUAAAUAUAAAUCAAAUCAAAAUCCUGUGUUUAUCGUAAACUACCACCGUCUCUCCAUUGUCGUCAUCUUUUCUCUUCUCUUAGGCUCGCUCCUCCCUUGUCUUUGCCCUGAAACAACAGACCAUGGAUGAUGAUGGCCUUCAUGGAAACAACGGUGGAAUGCACAGUGGCGGAGAUGAACUUCCAAUGCAUGUGCAGUAUGAGCAUCACGGCAUGAUGGAUGAACACGCUGAUGAUGGGAUGAAUGGUGGACUUGAGACAGACAUCCCUUCUCACCUUGGAAACCCAUCUGAUCAUCGCGGCGAAGUUGUGGACCGUGGCGGUGAAAACGGAGACCAGUUGACGUUGUCCUAUCAGGGACAAGUUUAUGUUUUUGACCAUGUCUUGCCUGAGAAGGUUCAAGCUGUGCUUUUGUUACUUGGUGGAAGAGAAGUACCACAGACGCUCCCGACAACCGUAGGAUCACCUCAUCAGAACAAUAGGGUACUGGGUUUAUCUGGUACUCCUCAAAGGUUUAGUGCCCCGCAGAGGCAAGCCUCGUUGCUCAGAUUCAGGGAGAAAAGAAAAGGGAGGAACUUUGACAAGACCAUUCGCUACACAGUCAGGAAGGAGGUAGCAUUGAGGAUGCAGCGUAAGAAAGGUCAGUUCACAUCUGCCAAAUCAAGCAAUGAGGAAUCUGCAUUAACAGGACCGGAUUGGGGAUCAGGCCAGAGCUGGGCCUUAGAAGGGUGUGAAACUCAGAAGCCAGAGGCUUUAUGUCGGCACUGUGGAACGAGUGAGAAUUCAACACCAAUGAUGCGACGUGGACCUGAAGGGCCAAGGACACUUUGUAAUGCAUGUGGACUGAUGUGGGCAAACAAGGGAGCUCUUAGAGACUUAUCCAAAGCCCCUCCUCCUCAAAUAACCAGGAAUCUGCCUACAAAUAAGAAUGAUGAAUCUAAUCUUGAGGCUGAUCAAAUGAUGGUAGUAGCUGGUGACAUUAGCAACUCAAACUGAGAAAAGCAAUGCAAGCAAGAAAAGAUGUGAGUUGGGUUCAGGGUUCCUUGGGACACUCAUAAGCUGUUCUUUUACUUAUUUAGAACCAUCAGAAGAGGGAGAGAGAGAGAGAGAGAGAGAAAAGACAUAUGCUCAGUCUCUCUCAUCUGUAUUUUUUUUUCAUCCUCAAGUAGAAACAAUGAACAUUUACUUGUAUCUUUAUUAAAGCCACUUAAAAUA